CUCCCGGCGGAAGUUCACAGGUGAGUGAUCGCCUGGUGUGUCAGUUACCGUACCGGAAUGCGGGAGCGAAGGGGUUGAAGCGACGACGCCAGAUCGGUUUCUGCUUCUGCUCUAGCUUCAUGUCGGUAUAUCUAUAUGGUUUAUCCAAUGGAAAUGAUUCUAUGAACUCCCUUCACAUAUCCAUUGGUGGUCUUCCGGUUAUAGCGUCCAUGACAAAUUCAAGAGAUUCACGUUUUCACCUGAAAUGGAAGACUAUACUUGCAGCAAUCAUAGUUCUUUUCAUAUUCUACAUGCUGUAUUUUCACAAAGGUUCCCCAAAUAGCCCUUAUCCACGAAAUACCCACAACUGGCCGAUUGAUAAUUUUCCAAAGGACAGAUACAAUGACACGUACCCACUUUCACCCCCACAGAAGACCCUGGAAGGCAUCCGAUACCGUAUUGGGCUGAUUGCUGACCUUGACACUAACUCAAAGAAGAAAUUGAACAGUGACACUUGGUUUAGUUACUUAAAGAAAGGCUACUUGAUAUUAUCAAACAGUGGUGACAAAGUAACUCUCGAAUGGGACAAAAAUGAAUCCAUUCUCAAAACACAUUUGUCAGAAAAAGGACGUGGCAUGGAAUUGUCGGAACUCAUAGCAUUUAAUGGAAAGCUUUACACUGUGGAUGAUAGGACAGGUGUCGUAUAUGAUAUUGAUGGUGAUAAGGCAGUCCCUUGGGUAAUUCUAUCAGAUGGAGAUGGAACUGUUGAGAAAGGUUUCAAAGCUGAAUGGUUGGCAGUAAAAGACGAGCACCUUUAUGUGGGUGGACUCGGUAAGGAAUGGACUACCACCACAGGAGAGGUAGUCAAUGAAAAUCCAGAGUGGGUGAAAGUUAUUGGUUACAAAGGUGAUGUAAAUCAUGAAAAUUGGGUGUCUCACUACAAUGCACUCCGCACAGCUGCUGGAAUUAAAGCCCCAGGAUACCUCAUUCAUGAAUCUGCGGCCUGGAGUGAUCGACUGCAGCGCUGGUUCUUCCUGCCACGGCGAGCAAGCAGUGAGCGAUACAAUGAAAAAGACGAUGAGCACAAAGGAACAAAUCUCAUUCUUAAAUGUACUCAAGAUUUUAAGGAGAUCUUGGUGAGCAAGAUUGGAGUGGUUAAUCCGACUCAUGGAUUCUCUUCCUUUAAGUUUAUUCCAGAUACAGACGAUCAAAUCAUUGUGUCGCUGAAAUCGGAGGAAGAUAAUGGGAAAAUAGCAACUUAUAUAAUGGCUUUUACUUUAGACGGACGCUUUCUUUUAGAUGAAACAAAAGUUGGGGAUAUAAAAUACGAAGGGAUAGAAUUUAUAUAAGUCAUGUCACGGUCAAUGCACAGACCUGAAUUUAAGUACUACUGUUUUCAAGAAUUUUUAGAAGGGCAGAUUCCCAAAUUGGUAUAUCACUUAAAAUGGUUCUUCGUUGCCAUUAAUCUGAAGUAGUGUUUUUUUUGUAAUACCCUCUUCUAUGUUUACAUGUCAAAAACUGAAUACAAGGUAUUGCAAGAAUCUCACUUUCCUCUGCUUUUUUCUUCAAAAGCUAAUUUUGCUGGAAUUGCUGAACAUUUACUUGGGAUGUUGAUUCAUGCUUAUGUGGUGUAAAGUCUGCAAUCAAUCAAGAAAAUGUGCAUGUCUUUUUUUUAAAUUAAAUCAAUACUGGUUCAGUUUGUGAACUUGUUGACUUUGUAAUUACUGAAUUUGCAUAGCUUAGAACUUGACAGUUGGAAACUGGCCAUCUCACAGCGAUAGGAUAUUCAAGUCAUUACCAGGAAAGAAUUUGGUCGACAUCACUGAUUUUUUAAAAAAGAUAUCUCAAACUCGACUGGCACAAGUGGUCUUUAAGCAUCAAUUAAUUGUGCUGCAUGCGUGAGUACUUCUUCCUCAGAGGUGCAAUUGUAGAGCUUUGUUUUGAGGGAACAGACAAUUGCCAAGGACUGUGGUGUGCAAUUCCUGCUGGGUUGCUCUGGUUUUUCUGGCUCAAUUCAUUAAAAAUUGGACAAACUUGUGCAAAGGAUUGCUGAACUUCAAGCAAAAGUUGCAUUCAGCAUGAAUUGAAUUUCCAUGACUUUGCCCUGACUAAAGUAAAUCGCAUUGGAAGCCAUCCCUGACCACAAAGCUGGUAUGAGUCCAGGUUCAAAUUAAUCACAGUGACAAGUUUCUGUGAACUGUGUCCAUUUUCAGCCCUGUGAGGAAGCCGUAUAAAACAUUUAUUUUCUCGGCACGGGGUAGUAAUGUACAUGAUUAUAAAAAGAUUUUAAAGAUUAAAUUGUUAAUUUUCUAGAGUGUGCCAAUGAAGCUGGUAUAUGGAUCUGACUAGGUUUUUUUUAAGCCAUUUUCAUCUACUACAAUGUGUUUUAUUUACAGAUGGUGAAGUAAAAAUGUAUUUAAAAUGUUUUUUUGUGAUGAGGACAUUUUCAAUCAUGUUAAUCAAACUGCACUAGGUUACUACUCCGAUAUAUAAAGGAUUUGUUUAAAAUGCAAGGUUAUAUUUUUGAUUUUGCAACAAAGGAGUGGACACUUGAACUUAGCUUCACUUUGGAAAAUAAUGCAAUUUUGAGUGAAAUUUGCAUCUGGAUUAUUGAUUAUACACACAGUGUAAACCAUAUCCAUGUAGAAUCAUCUUUUGCAUAUCUUUUGGGAAAAGAUUAAUCACCAUGGGGCAGAAAAAGGCACAUAGAAACUAGAUUUUUAAAAGAAAUUCUGAUGUCUGGUAUCAUCUGCAGGUUGUUCUAGUGCUAAAUUGGAAGUAGUGGAAGAAGAAUGUACUAAGGACAAUAAAAUAAGCAUUUAGUCAAUGACAUCACUCAAAUGUAUAGACAAUACUUCUGAAAAUCAUGGAUAUCUAAAACCUUCAACAGAACUGCAACGGCUUCAAGAUUUUGUACGUUGUUCAUUUAACCAGGAAGCUUGCAAAGGAUUUUGCCUUUGUAACUCCUUGUCCCAUAAUCCAGAAUUUACAUGGAGUUGUUGGAGAUUAGUUUUGGUCUAGUUAAGUAAUUACACCAGAUAUAUGAUCUGUAGUGUACCAGUUCCAUUCACGAGAAACAAGAUUGAAUCUUACUUCUGUAUCUUGACUUCCAUAUCUUUUGAAAUUUACUUUCCUGCUCCAUUUUCAUUUUCACCUUUGUGAUCUGGAUAAUGGUUUUGGUCAUAGGAAAUUAAAUCUUAUGUCUUUAAUAUUGUAAAUAAUUUAUUUUAAAAUACUUAUUUAUUAUAGAGUUAUAGAGAUAUACAGCACGGAAACAGACCCUUCGAUCCAACUCGUCCAUGCCGACCAGAUAUCCCAACCUAAUCUAGUCCCGUUUGCCAGCACGUGGCCCAUAUCUCUUUUUAAACCCUUCCUAUUCAUAUAUCCAUCCAGAUUCCUUUUAAAUGUUGUAAUUGUAUCAGCCUCCACCACUUCUUCUGGCAGCUCAUUCCUGACACGCAUCACGCUCUGGGUGAAAACGUUGCCCCUUAGGUCCCUUUUAUAUCUUUUCCCUUUCACCCUAAACCUAUGUUCUCUAGUUCUGGACUCCCUAACCCCAGGGAAAAUACUUUGUCUAUUUAUCCUACCAAUGCCCCUCAUUAUUUUAUAAGCCUCUAUGAGGUCACCCCUCAGCCUUCGACGCUCCAGGAAAAACAGCCCCACCUAUUCAGCCUCUCCGUAUAGCUCAAAUCCUCCAACCCUAGCAACAUCCUUGUAAAUCUUUUCUGAACCCUUUCAAGUUUCACAACAUCUUUCCGAUAGGAAGGAGACCAGAAUUGCAUGCAAUAUUCCAACAGUGGCCUAACCAAUGUCCUAUACACCUGCAACAUGACCUCCCAACUCUGCCACUCAAUGCUCUGACCAAUAAAGGAAAGCAUACCAAACACCACCUUCACUAUCCUAUCUACCUGCAACUCUGUGCUGCUGUGGCUUAGUUGGUUAAAACACCUCCCUGGUAAACAGGAGAUCCUUAGUUCUGUUCCCUGUGACACCUGUCUCUGUCAAGCUCAUUUGAACUUCUCAAGGAGUUAUGAACCUGCAUUCCAAGGUCUCUUUGUUCAGCAACACUCCCUAGGAUCUUACCAUUAAGUGGAUAGAUCCUGCUAAGAUUUGCUUUCCCAAAAUGCAGCACCUCGCAUUUAUCUAAAUUAAACUCCAUCUGCCACUCCUCAGCCCAUUGGCCCAUCUGAUCAAGAUCCUGUUGUAAUCUGAGGUAAUCUUCUUUGCUGUCUGCUACACCUCCAAAUUUGGUGUCAUCUGCAUACUUAUUAACAAUACCUCCUAUGUCCACAUCCAAAUCAUUUAUGUAAAUGAUGAAAAGUAGUGGACUCAGCACUGAUCCACUGGUCACAGGCCUCCAAUCAGAAAAACAACCCUCCACCACCACCCUCUGUCUUCUACCUUUGAGCCAGUUCUGUAUCCAAAUGGCUAGUUCUCCCUGUAUUCCAUGAGAUCUAACCUUGCUAACCAGUCUUCCAUGGGGAACCUUGUCAAAUGCCUUACUGAAGUCCAUAUAUUGUUGCUUUUCUUGAUUUAGUUUGAAUAGCCUGUAAUUACAGGCAGACCAAGCAACUUCUGUUGUCUGGGUUAUUCCUUUUUACAGUCUUUCAUGUACUUGUAGAGAACCGAAAAGAUAUACUGGUUGGUGUGUUUGUCUUUUGCAAGUACCAUAUGGUGUUAGAAGCUUGAACAUUCAUCUACUGUACUGAGCAUAGUUAUGCCAGAAUCUUACAGAACACAGAGGUCAUUCAGCCAUUAUUCCUCUGUCAGCCGAUCAACAGAACUAUUAUUCUCUUAAACCAUAGCCUUACAUAGUCAUUUUCAAGAAUAUAUGCAAUCCUAUCUUUUAAGUUUAUUGAAUUUGCUUCUGAUUGUGCAUUUCAGAUCAGAAGCUGCUGCAUCAAAAAAAAAUCUCAUCUUUCUUUUGUCUAUUGUAACCACACACUACUGACUAAUUGAAAAUGUUUCUCCUUCCUUACUGGAAACAAUGAUAAUUUUGAACACUCUCUUAAAACUCUCUUUGAAAGAGAAAAACUAAAAAUACAGAUGCUAGAAAUCCCAAAUUAAAAUUCAAAAGUAGUGCUCUUUUUAAUCUCCUUUCUUCUAAGGAUAACUAUUCCAGAUUUGGAAUGAUUCUGUUUAUUAUAGAAUCACCUACUAAAAUGAGCAUAGUACUAUUAGUGACUGUGGUGCUAGACUAGUUGUCCAGCUGCAUGACCUACACAGAAUCCUGCUUACAAUUUCUGAGCAGUCCUAUAAGGGCUGGUGGUUAGGCUGCUUGCUACAACUGGGUAGAGAUUUAACUAUCUAGGAUCCCCCAUUAUAACGGGGUAGCAAGCAGCCUAACCAACAGCCCUUACAGGACUGCUCAGAAAAUGUUCUCCUGGAUGAACAAAAACAAAAUUAAAAAGUUGUCAGCCUUUCGAAGGAACUAGUCUACCCUGCCAGGCUCUGGCAACCAGCCUGUUUUGGUGCGAGCUAAUUUCCCAUGUUCCCUGAGGGGUGCUAUCAGCUGGUCGCUGCAGAGUGCACACUGUGCCUUUCCUUUUAAGUGGCUUGUGCUUCCUACUGACGAGAACAAUAGCCUUGCAGCACUUCUCGUUAAGAUUAUUCUUCAUGAUUCGACUAAACAUCCCUUUGGGCAUCAAAAAGUACCUGUCCUGAUUCAGUUUGUAAAAUGUACAGUUUCGUAGUGUUGUCAGAGCAAACCCCUAAUAAUAACAGCUCAUCUAUACCUUUUUAAAGGAAUGAAAUGUCCCAUGACAUUUCACAAAAGCGUUACAAAGUAUAACAUCCAGCCAUUAACAGAAAAUAUUAAAUCAGAUGACCAAAGUGCUCAGUCAAAGAGAGAGGUUUUACAGUUUGACUUAAGAAAACUGAGGCAGCGACGCAGAGACGUGGAGGGAGUAAAAUCCAGAGUUUGGGGCCCAUGCAUUGUUGCCCUUAGUAGCAGAAGAGCAUCUAGCAUGUACUCCUCCAUCUGACAAUAUAUCCACAGCUAAGAAUUAACUAUUUAGCUCUCUUUAGAUUGCUACAUAAUCCAGCAUGAGAGUACCAAUUACUGACCAAAUCAAAAUUUGUUAACAGCAGGAUUACAGCCUAGGACUGACCUAACUAUGACUCUGCUCCUACCAAAGCUUCCAAGGAUUGUCAUAUUACCUAAAUUGUAAGGAUGUAUACAUGCCAUCGUAACACUGUGAAAUUUUGUCCGAGUGGGUAGUAUUCUAAAUUAGAAACACCCACUGCUCCAGCAUUAAAACCCAAGUUAUCUCAAUUCUGGGGCCUCAUUUAAAUUCCACUGGCUCAUCCAGGUGGAUAGUCAGCACGGAGCAGACAAGAUCUGCCUGGAAGGAACUUGGUGACUCGUGACAAUUUGGAUGACUUUGAGGCCCAUUAUUGUCCGAUUGCCAGCUCUUGUCAUAACAAAUAUGGUUAAAGUCAGCCCUGUUUUUGCAGUGAUUUUUGUCAGUGAUUUGGAUUCUGAUGAUUUUCAGAAUCCAUAUAUAUUACAAUAAUUUAAUCGUAAUGCGUGGCAUUAAACAGGUUACACCUGUUAAUGAUAUCAAUGUAAUAUUAGAAAAGUUAAUCUGUACUGUUCCUUGUGAGUUCUAAGUCAGUACAUCAUUGGUAGAUCUAUUGCAUUGUGUUGUCUUGGUGACAGCAGAAAACCCAUACCCAAAACCUCUCCAAAGUGUCUGACGAUGUCAUUGCACGUUGCUGUACUUUUCUCUACUGAGGUGUGUUUACAGUGACUCAUUAAGGAUGCAGUAAAUUUGACAAUAGCAUUAAAUGGGCAAUGAAGAAUUUUGACUCAUUUUACACCCAGCUAUAUUUUCUUCUCUGUUUCUUUUGAUAGCUUUCAAUAGCUUUCUUUGUUGACUUUUGGAUAAAUAAAACUUAUGAAGACAGCACUUGCUAUUUAUGACAGUCAUAUGCAUCCUUGAUUACUUUUCUAUCCAGACAGGCAGAACAAGUUCAAUUUGACCUUGUUGAAUCAAGUUAAGACUUAAGCAAUCAAAAGUCAAUUUAAUAACAGAUUUGUUUCUAAACAAUCACUUGAAUAAGUAUUUUCAAACAGCAAACAACCUUUACCUGUGGGAACUUAUAGAGAAAGACCAGUAACCUAUACACAGGCUCUCUACAGUGUGGAAACAGGCCCUUCAUCCCAACGAGCCCACACUAGCCUUCCAAAGUGCAUCCCACACAGACCCAUCCUCCUACCCUGUAACUCUGCAUUUCUCAUGGCUAACACACCUAACCUACAAAAUCCCUGAACAGUAUGGGUAAUCUACCUAAGUUGCACAUCUUUGGACUGUGGGAAGAAACUGGAGCACACACACAACUGGAAAUCCACACAAACACACAGGGAGAAGGUGCAAACUCAACACAAUCAUCUGAGGGUGGAAUCAAACCCAGAUCCCUAGCACUGUGAGGCAGCAGUGCGAGCCAUUGAGUCACCGUGCCACAUUAUAUUAGGAACUGAGGCCUGAAGACUUUUUCCACAGUGUCACGAGUAAGAUUCGUUCAGAGGUUCUGGGUUCCAGUGUUUAAGGACAAGAUCCCUGACUGACAUUUCAGUGCAUAGCAGAAGAAGUGCUGCCCUUUUGCAGAUGCUGUCUUUUGGGUGAUCCUUUAAACCAAAGUUGAAAGCAGCUCUCUGUUCUGGAGGAUGUAAAUGAAACCAUGGCACAGUGCAAAAGGAAGUUGUAGCUGAUUUCUUAGCCAAAUUUAUCCUUCAAUUAAAGUCACAAAAAAUAUAUCACAAUAUUACACUCUUUUCUGUGGGAAUGUGUGUAAACUGGCUGUUACAUUUCAUACAUUAUUGAGAUAUCCAGCCAGUAAUCAGAAGUGACAUGAACAAGUCUAUUUUUCCUUGUAUAAUUUUUGUCUUAAGUAUCUUGACUCAACUGAAUUUUCUUUGCUGUUUUGCACCUAUCUCUUUAUGCAUCACACUGUCAAUUUGGCUGAAUAUUAAGAUCCCAACCAAUCAGUUAUGUAAUUAAUGCCCCUUGUUAGAUUUUUGGAAAUUAAGUUUUUUGGAUAGAGUAUCUCUGCUUAAUUUUUAAUGGCGUUAUAUUAACAGCUGUCGGUAACUUUGGUAUCACAAUUCGGGACCCAAUUAGGCAGUAGGAUUGAACAAACGGUGCACGAACAUGGGUACCUUAACAUUCAGUAUAUUAGGUAAAGCUUAUGCAGUGUUCAUAAGUGCAUUUUGGUGUAUUUUAUGUUGGACAUGAUUGCAGAAUUUUCUCAAACUUGUAUUAAUUGCAGUAACUGUUUCUAUUAAAUGGCAUUUUUCAUGUGUUAAAACAGCUCAAAUUCAUAAAUGGAGUGUUUUUACUUAUAAAAUCAGCUCUUUUGAUGUUUAUAAUUGCCAUGAAGUACAAGGUCUGAACCAAGAUGUUUGGAAUUGUCACAGUCAGUGUAGUACUAUGUUCUCAAGCUGUGUUAAAAUUUGAUUCGCUGCUUUCACGUGGGAUGUAUCUGUAAGUCACGUGCCAGUUCCAUUGGUCAGGUUCCGUAUCAAAAGGCUAACUUCAAAUACCAGUAAAAUCUUACACUGUCUUCAUAUUUUUGAUACUGGCUCUAAAUCUGUCCAUUCCCUUUAAUGAAAAUCAAUAAAAUGUGAACAACACCAUAAUAUUAAUAAAUAA